ACAACACGUAAAUCAAGUCUUUUAACGAAUAAUUUCAUCAAGCACUACUCUGAAAUAAUAAUAUUUUCCUAUUUUUAGUUGCUGUGACAUUCAAAAAUAUGUUUUUAAUUGGUUUUAAAUUCUUGUAUAUUAUUAGUCACAAAGUCUACUCACUAAAUACAAAACUGAUUAUGAACAAAUCAGAAUUUUUUGUAGUUUCGAUGUAAUAGUUGGAAUCUGGUAAUAGAGAUCUGGAAAUUACACUAAUAAGUACAUAUUAAAAACAUAAAACUGUUGUAAAUCUAAUAGAAAAGUGUGUUGAGGAAAGGACGUAGAGGAGCCGUGCACACACACACGUGAGAGGCAAACACUGUAGUUUAGCCGCAAGAAUCUCGUCCCCUGUUUUAUUACAAGGUCAACUUCUGGUCUCUCUCUCUAUUCACUUCUAAAUUUUACUUAUUAAUCAUUCAAUUAGAUAUUAAUCUACUUAUUUAGUAGAUUCUGAUUUCAAAUCUAAACCAAUAAUUAAUUCAACAAACGUAACUUCAAAUUUUCAAAACAUUAAUUAUAAAAAAAUGAAAACCCUCGGUUUGAUGAUUACACACCUCACAUAGAAGCUUCUUUCUUAUUCUUCACUUAUAAAUCUUAGUUAAACUCAUCACUUAAACUCACGACUAGCAAUGGCGUCGAUCAUCUGUUCCUCCGAUCAACGUCUCUUAACAAGCAAGAGACGUUUAAAGCCGUUGAUGUUAAGAGACUACUUACUCGAUGAUCUCAGCUCUUGUUCAUCCAACGGAUUCAAAUCAUUCCCACGUCGUCAACCUCCUCCUUCCUCUUCAUCUGCCACCGUUCGUCGUCUCCUUGACGCCGAGAUGAAACGGUCAGGAUUGAUCCAGAAGCCGCGUCUCACUAGAAGAAGCCGUACGACUUGCGGAACGGCGAUCAGUAACGCCGUCCAUAAAGCUUCUACGGCGUUUCUUAACGCCGUUAAACUUAUACCGUUCCAUGCAACGGCUACGUCGUUAGGGAAGGGAGAUGAGAAACAACAAGGCGGUUUCUCUGGAAGCUUCUCUAAACGAUGCUUCUGGAGAAAACCGGUAAGUCAAUCUCGCCGCGAAGUAACCGUCAUUGACGUCGGAGAUGGAGAGAUCCAAUGGUGGCGAUCCGCCGCGUUUUUCCCGGACGAAGAGAGUUUAGGACAACCGUCCGAUCUGUUUUCUCAAAUCUCCACCGUCGCCGACGAAGCGACAUUCUCAGUCUCUGAAGCUUCGGCGAUCACCACCACUGUGAACAUUGUCACCGGUGAUGACUCGUUGAGUUCCGGUAGCGAGUUUUUCACGAACUCGUCGUCGUCGGAGAUUGUACAGUCAUCUUCUUCGUUGUUCUCUUCGACGUCGAACGAAAACGACGCCGUGGAAGACGGUGAUGAGAUCGGAGAGAGUUUAAACGCACGUGACUGUGACGGAUCAUCUGUCAACUGCGACAGCCUGUGCAACAGAAAGGAAUUUGUGAAUGAAGAAAAAGAACAACUCAGUCCAGUAUCAAUCUUGGAAUGCCCUUUUGAAGAUGAUGAUGAAGAGGAUGAAAUAACUGGUCUUAUCUCCCACCAAAAUGCAGAUACAUAUGAGAAAAAUGCAAGAAAAAGCAGGAGAGUAAAUGGUUUGGUACGGCUUGAGCCACUAGAAUUGGAGAAACGCAUAGAGAAGUAUGUCGAGCGAGAAGAAGAAGAGUAUUCAUAUCACGUGGUAGAAACCGAAGAAGACGAAUCAGAAAACCGAGCAAACCGCUUGUUUGCUCUUGUGAAGUCAAGAAUCGGCGAAACAAACAACAUACUAGCUUUUAAUGUAGCAGAUAAUCUAUUGUUAGAUUAUCUUCAAGAAGAUAGCAUUGGGGCAAAAGAAGAGACAUUAAUGGUGAAGAAAGUAGAAGAUUGGGUGAUGGAUAGACAAGAACAGAUGUUUAUGAGUUGGGAAGUGAGGGAGAAGAGAGAGGUUUAUGUGAAGGAAAUGAAAUGGGGUUGCAUUAAUGGAGAUGAGAAAGAGAAUGUAGUUGAAGAGUUGGCUAAUGGUUUCUUCACUUUCUUGGUGGAUGAAUUCAUCUUCGACUUAGUUUUGUGAUGACGAGUAAAGUUUUUUUUAGGGGGGGGGAGAGAGAAAUUGAGAUUUUAAUUUUAAAAAGAUUAGAUGUCAUAAUGUAUUAGAUAUAUGUUAUCUCGGAAUAAAAAAAAACGUAGUUUGGCAUAAGGGGAAUGACUUCACAGUGUAUUAGAAAUAAAACUAUUUGUAGUUUGGCAUAAGAAGAAUGAUUCGUAUAAAACGCUUGUAGUUCAUGUUCGUUUUCUAAUUUUUUGUGUCUAGCCUCUAGAGUGAGUGUUAAAUCCAGAGUCAUGUGUUGUUUUGUUUUUCUAACUUUUAAUAUGAUCUCUCAAUCUGCACUUUUCAAAUGUCGAAAUAAAUUCCACAACACUUUUACAGUUAAAGAGUUUGAACAAUACAUUCACUCUACAACUUAUGGUGCAGAUCAGCAGUUAACUUAAAAAAAAACUGGAAAGUCCCAACUCCAUAAUUUUAUUCAAAAACAAAUUGAAACAUAACUUAAAAAAAACUGAGUAAAACAUAUUUAAAAUGUUUAAUAAUCAAGUUGGAAUGACAAAGAAAUGGGCACUUGGUACUUGUAUUCUUACACCACCCAUUGUUCACGUUUAUGUUACUAUGUGCAUCCGGUCUUGUUAUCUGGCAUUCUGUCUUUUAUGUUUUGUUAAAAAAAAUAUUCAUGAGUUCAGUUUGCGACUUGAUGAUCAUAGGCUCAACUUGCUGCUUAGUGAUAUUAGAAGGGAAUUGCUGAAGGGAACGUAUGUUUUUGAAGGAGAGAAUGUUUAUUGCGAAAAGUUGGAACACAUGUAUACUGUGAGACGAGUCCAAUGAUGUCUAUAGCUCUCACAUGCACCACUCUCCUUAUUUGAGUACAAUGAAUAGUUUGAUAGGAUUCUGUCAUUCACCUAAUAUGGAAGCAUUUAUGAUUUGCUUUCAAAAAUUUGAUGUGUUUACAAAUUCUUCGACAAAAUAUAUUAAAUUCAUAAAGACCAUAUUACAAGUUUGUUGAUAUAGAAAUAUAUAAACUAUGUUUUCGUAUUCUUUUGGUUCCAUCAUCUAUUUUCCAAAAUAAGAUUCUACAGUAGUUUCCUAAUAUAUUUUUUUCAUUAAAUAUAGUUACAUAAUUUCUUGUCAAAACAUGUUUUUUCUGUCAGAAAAAUAAUUGGGAAAUCUGUUUUUUUAGAGCAAAAAAAAAUAACUAUGUCCCUUUAGACUAAUCUGUACUACUUUAUGUCCUAUUAGACUAAUUUUUUCGAAAAUGGCAGUAAUGCCCUUAAAAUUGUAAUUUUUUUAAAAAGAUAAAUAAUGAAUUCGACAAGCGGGAUCGAUCGAUCCAGAUUUACAAGUUACAGUGGAUCGAUCGAUCCCGAUAAUUAUUCAGAACAAAAAAAACGCGAAAUAUAUACUGAUCGACCUGGUCCAUUUCACUCGAUCGGCGAAGGUCGAUUCCUUACAGAUCGACCGAUCCACUAAGAAUAGAUCGAUCGAUCCCGUGCCCAGGAAAGAAUCCCAAAUCGAUUUUUUUGGUUUUGUAUGAUUAUAUCCGGGUUGAUUCCCACUUGAUUUGAACCGACCAAGCAUGAUUUUAACUUCUUAAGCUCGAUUUCUCUGGGACAAAACCCUUAAUUUCCCAUUCACGAACAAAGGGAGAGAAAAUCAAAUUCUCACCCAAAGUUCAUUAACCCUAACUCACUCAAUUCUCUGAUUUGGACGAUUAUUUGGCCUAACUCAUACGAUUUCGUGAGCUUUUUACGAAUCUAUCACUCUUUAGUUCGUUCUGCAAAGGUAUGAAACUCUAUCUCCACUUCUUUUUAGAGUUUGAAAAUAGAAAGGUAAAAGGUAAUUUUUUUGAGUUAGUUAAGAUAUUUAGACUUCAAUCAUGUGUUAAGGUGAUGAUUAGAGAAGAUUUUGUACACAAUCAUGGUUUAAAUCAUAUUUUUGGGAUAGAUUUAGGAAUUUUAGGUUUUUGUUAUUAAUAGAUAUAUGUUGUUUUCGGCGAGGUUGGUACACUCUUUCUUGUGUAAGGAGUUGAUGACAAGCAAGAGACAUGAGAAGUGGUUCACUUUCGCUAGGAGACCUCUGCGUUUUGGAUUGCAAGAGUAUCAUGCUGUCACUGGUCUGAAAGUGAAGCGAGAGAAUAACAGUGGGCUAGUGACAUGGAAAGACGAUAAUGGUUUUUGGAGCAAGCAGAUAAA